AGCAGUGGUUGUCGAAAAUGAGCUCCUGGAUGGCGGGAGAUCGGUGUUUUAAUUUUUUUUCUGGAGUGUACGCUUUGCCGAGAAGAACGCGAUCUUCUAACGCGUUAGUUUGGAACGUGGCCUGCCGCAAGCGACUCAUUAUAUUGAACACUUCAGUGCGAAAUAUCCGAUUAAGCUCGAUUUCUACAAAAUGGUGUCUCAAAUUUUAGUGGUGUCUCUGGUUGGCUCCACUCAGACAACCGAGUACACGAAAACGGACAUGGAUACGAACACGUCUGACAAGAAAGACAUUGAGGUUCAAACCGAAAGUCAAGCGUCAGCCCCCACUUGCGAAGUCGACGAAGAGAAACUAGCGGCGUGGUUGAAAAAAAUCUACCCUAGUGUUAAGAAGGAGUUGGAUGAUAAUGCCCACUCGCGGGCGUUCAGGGGCUAUAAACUAUCGACUGAUAACUCAGAUGCCAAUUGUCGACUGGUGCAAACGCUGGACGUGUCAACGCAUGCUAAAGACGCAGCAGUUGGUUGCCACGUUUCGGCGUUGUCCUGGAACUCCACUAACAAAACUCUGGGGGUUGCCUACACCUAUAAACACAACUCGUGGUGUUACCAUGAAGGCGUGGUGGUUUUUUACACGUUGGAUAACGAUGAUAAUUUACCAGAAGCACCCAGAAUGAAAUUGACGACGGAAUCGUGCGUCGCGGAUCUCCGAUUUCAUUCAGUGCUUCCGGCUAUAGUGGCCGCUGGGUUAUUCUCAGGCGGCAUUGUUGUGUGGAAUAUACAAAGAGAUGAUGAGCAAAUUGUGGCCAAAGUUGACGGUCAUGGAGAUGGUAUAACCCAACUGUCGUGGAUUGCUGAUAUUAAUUCCGUGAAACUCGUACUUUUGGCGUCAGCUGGUCUCGACGGGCUUUUAUCAUUGUGGAAUUUUAGCCCAGUUGAGUUUGGGUUAAGUUUGAAAGAAAGGCAUCAAAUUCGGUCACCACUGUUUCCAAAACCCUCAGAACUAUCUUCAGAAGAAGCUGUAAAAAAAGCAACCAGAGCCAUAACUUGUUUCAACUUUUCUGUACACUCUCCAGAAAUGUUUGUAGUAGGAACUGAAGGAGGCUGGGUGGUUCAGUGUUCUUUACUCGGUACCAAAAAAUUGCCGGGGAAAUCAGAGGAGACUCCUGUUCUGGAUUCCGUGUUCAAGUACCACCAACCCCAUAAGGGCGAAGUCAACUCGAUUAGUUUUUCGCCAAAUCGAAAAGACAUGUUCAUGACUAGCGGGUCCGAUUUGGAAAUUAGAAUUUACUUAAUUGAACAAGAGGAUCCGGCGCAAGUGAUUUUUUUGAAAAGUGCUUUAAAUUGUGUCGCUUGGGUUCCGUACGAGGAGAGGAUUGUGUGUGGGUGUGGUAAAAAUGGGGUUAUAGAGAUUUUCCAGUUGGUUAAAGGAAAGGCGAUUGAGAAAACCACCAGAGAUAAAGUAAAGACAGAAAUUUUGACACAAAUCGAGAUAAAUAGGACAAAGAGUAAUAUUGUGGCUGUUGGGACUGAAAACGGCCAUGUGCAAAUGUGGAGGGUACCUUGGGCUUUAUUUGGUAACAUGGCAUCAUAAAAACGAAUACGCUUUUUUGUACUAAUUUAUUGAAAUUAUUAUUAUUCAUUGAAAACCAAAUAUAAUAUUCAAAUAUUA